GCACUAGUGUAAGUAUGCUUCAGACAAUUGUGUAAGUAUUUCUUUUUACAAAAAUUUAUUUAUUUUAUUUUUGGCUGUGCUGAGUCUUUGUUGCUGUAUGUGGACUUUCUCUAGUUGCCGUGAGAAGGGGCUAAUCUUCAUUGCCAUGCAGGGGCUUCUGAUCCUGUUGUGGAGCGUGGGCUCUAGGCACGCAGGCUUUGGUAGCUACAGCAUGUGGGCUCAGUAUUUGUGGCUCCCCGGCUCUAGAACACAAGCUCAGUAGUUGUGCUGCACCAGCUUAGUUGCUCUAAGGCAUGUGGAAUCCUCCCAGACCAGGGAUCGAACCUGUGUCCCCUGUAUUGGCAGGCAGAUUCUUACCCAUCGUACCACCAGGGAGUCCUAGUGUAAGCAUUUCUGUGCAGUCCUCUUACACUCAAGAGUCAGAGUUGCCUCUGGUGGUUUUUGUCCUUGCUGCCACAGUCUUUUUACCUUUUAAUUAGGAAAUUUAGGUGAUUAGUCACUUGUAUUUUCAAUAAGAAGUAAGACACACACAUACUAAGAAGGCAGUCAAGAAAAAGUCACACAGGGAGGUGAAUGGCAGACUUAAGAUGGUUCAGGUGACAGGUUGAUCUGGUGAUGCUGUUUCGGGUGGGGACCCAGAAGCUACCAGCACCCGGACCACCCCAGUGCUUUGAAGCAGGAGAAACCAUGUGAGAAGCGGUCUCCAUCCAGCUUUCUACAUUUGGGUUUUCAUUAUUAACUGGUCCAUAGGGACACAGUGGACACUACAGUACAAUAUUCUGUCCUCCUGGCAAAAGGGAGUAUCAUGGACAUUUAACCGUCACUCUUCCCAGCAGAUAAGAAAGAUUAACGUGGUUAGGUAGUAAAUGGAAGGAGGAAACUCAUUCUGAGGCUUUCUCAUCAGCUGACUUUCUGGCUCCCAAGUCUUUGCUCAGGCUAUUAAAAAAUAUUUCUCUCUAAAAAAGUACCCUCUUAGAGAAAAGGCAAGAGGAGAGGUCAGGGUUGUCUGGGGAUCCAUGCUCAGUAUUCUCUUUGAAACCAGGUCGAUGACCCAGAGUCUGCAGUAAAGGAAUCAGAAACUCUUUUAGGAUUUCCAUUGAGAAUGGCUGUUCCAAACAUUCGCCUUGUGAGAAAGAUGAUGGAUAUUCCCAAAGACUCCUUGGAGAAGGACCUCAAAGACUUACUGGGGCCCCAAGUCACAGGCCCAUUGGAAUUCCUUCAGUUUGAUCACGGGCAGUCAAAUCCCACCUACUAUGUCAAGCUGGCUAACCAUCAGCUGGUUCUGAGGAAGAAACCCCCCGGGACACUUCUUCCAUCUGUGCAUGCAGUAGAGAGGGAGUUCGGGAUGAUGGAAGCCCUUGUAAAUGCUGGAGCCCAUAUGCCCAAAGUUCUUCACCUCGGUGAAGAGUCAAGCAUCGUCGGCAACCCCUUCUAUCCGAUGGAAUACUGCCCAGGCCUCAUCAACAAAGACCCCUCUCCGCCAGGCUUGGAGCCCCACCAGAGGUGGGCCAUCUAUAUUGCCAUGAGCAGAGUCUUAUGCAAGAUUCACAGUGUGGACCUCAAGGCUGCGGGCCUGGAAGACUGUGGGAAACAUGGGCAAGCAAGCUCGGCAACUAUGAAACAAACUGGAAAGCUGACUGAAUUUAUGUGUAACCUGGCAUGGGAUUUUCCAGUCAAAGAGGGAUUCCAGGUUUUCAAGGAGAUGCUGGCCACCAAACCAUUAAUGGGGUGCCACCACUCAUGGUCCAGGCCACAGUCCCUGCUGAGCACCCUAGGCAUGAGGAGCUAUGUCACCUCCACAGACUCUUCUCCAGCUCAUGUCUCAAAGGGAGCUCUGAUCUUCUCUCCAGAAGGCCUUUCCCCCCGAGUCAGGGAGCUAUAUCAGCGGCUGAAGGAGUUUAUGGAACAACAUGUGUACCCCGCUGAGCCGGAGCUACAGCGUCACCAGGUCUCAGCUGAGAGGUGGACCCCCUCCCCGCUGGUCGAAGAUCUCAAGGAGAAAGCCAAGGCCGAAGGACUUUGGAACCUUUUCCUACCCCUGGAGACUGAUCCUGAGAAGAAAUACGGAGCUGGGCUGACCAACGUGGAGUACGCACAUUUGUGUGAGGUCAUGGGCACGUCUCUGUAUGCUCCCGAGAUCUUUAACUGUUGUGCUCCAGACACGGGGAACAUGGAGCUUCUGGUUCGAUACAGCACCGAGGAGCAGAAGGCCCGCUGGUUGAUUCCAUUGCUGGAGGGAAAGGCUCGUUCCUGUUUCGCUAUGACUGAGCCCCAGGUCGCCUCCUCAGAUGCCACCAACAUUGAGUCUUCCAUCCGAGAGGAAGAUGGCUUCUACGUCAUCAAUGGUCACAAGUGGUGGAUCACAGGCAUCCUGGAUCCUCGCUGCCAGCUCUGCGUGUUUAUGGGAAAAACAGACCCACAUGCCCCACGCCACCAGCAGCAGUCCAUGUUCUUGGUUCCCAUGGAUACCCCAGGGAUAAAAAUCAUCCGGCCUCUGAGGGUGUAUGGGCUGGAGGACGCACCAGGUGGCCACGGUGAAGUCCUGUUCGAGCAGGUGCACGUGCCCAAAGAGAACAUCAUCCUGGGCCCCGGCCGGGGCUUUGAGAUCCUCCUAGGCCGACUAGGUUCUGGCAGGAUCCAUCACUGCAUGCGGCUGAUUGGCUGCUCAGAGAGGGUGUUGGCGCUCAUGAAGGCCCGAGCGAAGUCCCGCGUGGCCUUUGGGAAGCCCCUUGUAGAGCAGGGCACGGUCCUGGCAGACAUUGCCCUGUCCUGCGUGGAGAUCGAGCAGGCCCGGCUGCUGGUGCUGAAAGCUGCCCACGUCAUGGAUGUGGCGGGAAAUAAGGCUGCAGGUCUGGAUAUUGCCAUGAUUAAAAUGGUGGCCCCAUCCAUGGCUUCCCGAGUGAUUGAUCAUGCUAUUCAGAGGGCAAACAAGAGGCUGAUUGUAAAUAACUUAACUGGAGACCACCUAUCUCUUGUCUCACAAAAUGCUAACAGUUAUAAGUAUCCAGCCCAAAGCCCACCUCUUCGUGCCCCAUGAAAUGCAAACGGGAGGCCAGCUAUGCAUAAUACUGUGAACGGUUUCAACUGAGAGGUUUCCACUGAAGAAGGAAAUCUGGUCUGGAAGCUGCCUGGAUGGAGAAUCGGGAGCAGCGUUUACACCUUCUUUACUUUGACCUUUACUUCUCGGUGCAAUGGGGGAUGCUUCUGAAGACUUUCUUUCAUUGCAGCUUUCAGCUCAUCUUUCAGAAACUAAAAAUUAGCAGGAUUCCAAUUAGAUGAAAACUGAGUCAGAAGAAUAAAGUUUGAUAGAGAAAAAUAUUUUUUUAAUCUUCAAAUAUUUUUUAUUGGAAUGUCACACAUUGCCUUCAUUUAUUGUAUUUCAAAUCACUACACUUAACUUUGGGGAAAACACUGCUUGCCCUUUUUAGUACCAAAAAACCCUUAAAAACUGUUUUAGGAAUGUAGAGAAAUAGCCAACUUAAAUAGCAAAAAAGUGCAUCAUAAUCACUGCUGCAGUGCAGUCAUUUCUGCAUUUCCCAUGUUUCUUUUCUUAAAUAACUAUCUUGUCUGAUAACAUAUAAUAUAAAGAGCAAUUAUGAAAAAACAGAUGUUUACACAUACUUCUGAAGUCUUAUUGAGAAUAUCCUGUUUGCACUGGAUAACCAAAUAUAGGCUCAGCUGCAAUAGCAGCAUACGCAAAUACUUGCUGGUUCACACCAUGGUGCAUAUAUGGAACAUUACUCCCAUAUUGCUGAAUGGUAUCAUAGCCAUUCUGAUAAGUCCCUGUUGGGUUAUUAGUUCUAAAACUGGUCUGUAUACCAGCAGGCACAAAAUUACUUCCAAAGCUCCCCCUGGUGUAAUUUGUAGCAAAUAUAAACCACAUUCUGAGUUUCUGCUCCCAAAUCUCUCUUUAAGUAGACUAGUGUAACCCCUUUCAUAAUUUUCUUUGUCUCUAAAGGGAUUCAGUCCAUCUAUUUUGCCCACAGAGUAUCUUGUGACACUCAGCCUGCAUGUCUCCCCUGCCUCUGAAAUGAUCUGAAACUGUUUCUGACCAACUGAAGCAACUUGGGAUUGAUUGCUUGAUUAGCUUCAGGGAGCACAGAGAUAAGGUCACUCACUUGCUUUAUGUUAUUAGGUGUAAAGUAAGUGUAUGCUGUGCCUGUUUUGGUACUGUGAGUGUUCUUCCUGGUACUGUGUUUUGGUACUGUGAGAUUAUCUUCGAUGAAGAUAAUCCUCUGAGGAGUUAGGGUAGUUAAAAUUGAUGACAAAUUUCAUAUCUUCCACAUCUAGCCUUCUGGAGGCCACAUUUGUAGCAAUCAGAAUAGGAGUUCUUCCAUGUUUAAAUUCAUUUACAACCUAGUCACAUUCCUGUUGACUCAUGUCACCAUGGAUACUCAUGACAGGCCACCUUUUUCUCCUCAUUUUUCUAGUAAGUGCAUGGCAUCCUAUUUGGAUUUCAACAGAAAAAAUGGUUUUAUUCUCGUCACUCGUGAUCUCUUCCAUUAGGCAAAUAUAUUUUUCAUACAUUUUACAUCAUGACACAUAUCCACAAUUGGAACAAUGUUGUAGUUUGCACCAUACGUUUGUUUUCUCUGUCUAUCUGUUUCUGUUUUGUAAAUAAAUUCACCUGUAUUCUUUUUUA